CAAUGAAGCACUUCUCUGUGAGGAAUGACAUCCGAAAGGGAUGCUGCUAGGCAGGCAGGAGACCUGGAUGAGAGCAGACGAGGAAGCUGCCGAGGAGGGAAGGAGACGGUGGGACCCCGAGAGCGAAGGGCGAGCAGAGGGACGCGGGACCCAGCGCAGCUCCAGCGGAACCCACGCAAAGCGCGUGGGCAAGGCCGUGUUUUCAAAUGAGGCGGCUGCUGGGAGACGCGAGCUUGGCCGGGGGCGCCCCGCGCUCUGGUGAAGAAGCGCUGCCUGCAGACUGAAGCCGAGAGGAGGAGGCAGCGGACCUUUAGGGGUCCCUGCAAAGUCGCGUUACCUCCUCUAGCCCCUCGCGGCCCCCGGCCCGGCGGCGGCGGGGAAGGGGCAGGAUUCCCAGCUCAGAGGUCCGCGUCGGCGGUCGCCUUCUCUCCGUGGCUCGGGGGUGGCCUGAGGCGGGACGGAGGCGGACACGGGGUGCCUCGCUUCUGCUGCCUGGAGCCCGCGACGGGCCCAGCCCGACCCUGCCUUGGCAGUUGCCCCCGCGCCUCGGGUCUCCAGCGCCGCCUGACCCUCACACCAAGGCCUUCUCUACAGCCCAUCACCGCCGCGGCCACGGCCUCCUCCCGAGCAUCUUCCAGCCCCCAAGCCCUGAGAAUCAGUUCUGGGAUGUAACAGAGCAAGCAGGCAUUAUUCCACGACCAGUCAGCCUCGGUCGCUGCAGCCACCACACUACGUGGCAGCCAGACCCGGUCCGUUUGGAAUGCCUGGGAUGGUGCCGCCACACGUUCCUCCUCAGAUGCUCAACAUUCCGCAGACCUCUCUGCAAGCAAAGCCCGUGGUCCCACAGGUGCCCAGCCCAGGGGGUGCCCCGGGUCAGGGUCCAUACCCGUACAGCCUCUCUGAGCCAGCAGCUCUCACUUUGGACACGAGCGGGAAGAAUCUGACGGAGCAGAACAGCUACAGCAACAUUCCUCACGAAGGGAAACACACGCCCCUGUAUGAGCGGUCCUCGCCCAUCAACCCGGCCCAGAGCGGCAGCCCCAACCACAUGGAUUCCGCCUACUUCCCUGGCUCUUCUACAUCGUCAUCUUCCGACAACGACGAGGGCAGUGGAGGGACGACAAAGUUCUGGUCAGGUUUUUGGAGCUCUAGGCAUCUGGCCUCCCUCUGACCUCUUGCAGUAUCAUCUUUAUCCCCGAUACAGCAUCUUUACUGUUUUCUGGAGGUGCAUCUUGUUUCUGCCACUGGAAUGUAACCUGCUCAGAAUCUUGUGUUUUGCCAUCCUUGUGGUAUGAAGUGUCCUGAAGAAUGCAGGGUACAGCCUAUAAUCAAAAGAUUGGAUUCAAGCUGUGUGACUUAGCAGAAACUUCAUUUCCUGGAAUCUGCUUCCACUUUUAUUAUAACAAAGAAGAGACACACGUGGUAGAGUUGAGAUGAACAAAGGCAGAGGAGAUAAGCGUGCUUGUUCCUGAAAGCUUUGGGGUCAGAAACCAGCAUUUGACUUGGGGUCAAAUGCUUGAUCACAGGAAUCCUUUGCUUCUGCAGGCGCAGGAGUGUGACUUGGAUUUAUGUGUCUACACAUGCCAAGUAGGAACAGUGUUCAUGAUUCCCUGCAAGGGUUCUAGAGGUUUGAAUGCAUUGUAUGUAGUAGAGCAGAAACCCAAGAAUAGAAACCUCUGCAAGAACCAGUGUGGAUGCAAGGAAACCUACACUGUAAUUGAUAGAUUGCUGGAGGCUCAAUGUAGACAAAUCUGAGAGUUGAAGACUCCAGAGGGCCGGGUCAUGGGGUUGCACAUGCUUUUGUGCAUUUUACCUGCUAGAUCUCUACCGAGUUCUCAUAGUAAAUAUUGGAGAAAAAUCCCUUGUACCUCCAGCAUGGGGACGGAAAAGAUAGUUAUUUAAAAAUGAGACAGAAUGCUUUUUUUUCUUUUUUUGAGACAGAGUCUUGCUCCAUCACCCAAGCUGGAGUGCAGUGACGUGAUCUUGCCUCACUGCAGCCUCCACCUCAUGGGUUCAAACAGUUCUCCUGCCUCAGCCUCCUGAGUAGCUGGGAUUACAGGCAUGCACCACCAUGCCCAGCCAGAACACUCUGUUCUUAACAAGGCCUCCUCUCAGGAGAAACUACCUAACCAGAGCCUAACCUACUGGGUUUCACCAGAGCCUAAUUAAUCUGGAGAAAAGGAAACACCCAACUCCAGCUCCCUGUAGCCAUCCUGUCCCAGCUAAGCGGGGCCGGAGAAUGAGAAUCGCAUGUGAAGAUCACAGCCCAGAGACUCAUUAUAAGACUGAGAACUAAUAACUGGACUAUAGAACCUGUGCCCACCCCUCACCCCCAGAAAAGAGAUAAAGCAAAAUCAUAUAAAGUGCUCAACUGAAACAAGAGAAAGAAGAACAAGAAUGGAAGACAUGAAGAAAGAAUGGAACACGGUAACAAAUAUAGUAAGUAGCUCUUAAUCCACAUAUAUCAAUAAUUAAACAUCAGUGGUGUAGAUACACAAAUGAAAAGAAAGAGGCGGCCGGGCGUGGUGGCUCAUGCCUGUAAUCCCAGCGCUUUGGGAGGUAGAGGCGGAUAGAUCAUGAGGUCAGGAUAUCGAGACCAUCCUGGCCAACAUGAUUAAACCCCGUUUCUACUAAAAUGCAAAAAAUUAGCUGUGUGUGGUGGCACACACCUGUAGUCCCAGCUACUCAGGAGGCUGAGGCAGGAGAAUUGCUUGAAUCUGGGAGACAGAGGUUGCAGUGAGCCGAGAGUGCUGCUGCACUCCAGCCUGGCAAAAGAGGCUACUUGUGCCUACAAGAAAUCCAGCGUACAUAUGAAGACACAUUCCUUUUUUCUGUUAACAAAUGGUAACAACUACUGUGAUGUGUGAAUUACUGAGGUUUUUGUGGGAUGAACAUAGGAACUCUAUUUGAGCCGCUGCAUGAAUGGAGAUGUGGUGAAUGGUUCCAGGUAGAUGGUGUAAGUCACAGAACGUUCUAGUAGCUGGGGAAACACACCACGGCCACUGAAUGUUAUGCAUUUACUUUCUCUGUGGUGCAAUUGCGAAGUUCCUGUUGUUGGCCGACUUUUAAAUAGACUAUUUCUAAAUAAAUAGUGAGACAAGUAAUUCUAA